GAUCAGCCACUCAGUAUACGCAACGUGAAGAACGAAAAGGACCUGAAUGUACUGACUGGACUUCCGUGUUUUAAAUUGUUUUAUAACAUUUGCGACAUAUACACCGACAGUCGUAUGCUCAUGCAGACAAAAGGCUUUUGCAUUUCAAACGAAGACGCAGUGCUGCUGACACUAAUGAAGCUGUAUCAUAACUUGUCAUUUUCUAUGCCUGGAGUACUUUUUGGGGUUCACCGAACCACCGCUUCAGACAUUUUCAAGUCCACCUUGUUAGUUCUCGCUGAAAUUCUGAAAACUGCUGUAUUUUUGCCAAGCAAAGAAGCCGUUGAAGAUAACUUGACUGUGUACCUGAAGAAGUACCCUCAUGUAAGAGCUGUUUUAGACUGUACCGAGAUCUCAAUUCAGCGACCAAAGGACUUAGAAUCCCAGCUAUUGACGUACAGUUGGUACAAAGGACAGUACACGGCUAAUGUGCUUGUACGCGAAACAUCUGGGGGUCACAUUAGCUACAUAAGCAAGGCAUAUGGUGGAAGGGCAUCGGACUCUCUCAUAACAAAGGAAAGCAAUAUACUGGACAUGUUUUUGCCUGUUCUUGAUAGUGUGAUGGUUGACAAAGGCUUUUUAAUUGAUGAACUGUGCCUGAAUCGCAACAUAGCAAUGGUUCGUCCUCCAUUCUUGCGCAAGAAAAAGCUACUUCCAAAACACGAUGCCGAGAGAAGCCAGAGCAUUGCAGCUGCUCGUGUCCAUGUUGAGCGGGCGAUUCAGCGCAUGAAACUGUACAAGAUUUUCACAUGUCGCAUGAGAACUGAAGUGUUCCCGUACAUUGAUGACAUUUUGCGAGUUAUAGGUGGGAUUGUAAACCUUUCCAAGCCCAUCUUCAGUGGUGACAAGUUUUUGGAGCAGAGAAGCUUUGAACAAAAUGGAUAGAAGUGUACAAUGCUUAAUGUGGAAAAUGC